AUGUCUAUUCCUAACAAGAGUAUAACUGAAUCUGAUAGUGAUAAAUUUAUUUUUUCAAAUGGCAGAAGAUUUGAAAUAGUAAAGAUUAAAGAAUUCGACUUAAUUGAUAUUUCAUCUAUAAAAACAAUAGAAUCUAAAAUGCAAUUUGUUACUGAGCCUAGAACAUCAAUGAAAUAA